AUGGUUACGGGCGGUACAGCUGGUAUAGGCGCUGAAGUGGUAAGGGGCCUGGCAUCUCGCGGUGCUCAGAUAAUCCUCUUGGUCCGGCAACCACUCGUCGACCCCUUUCUCGUCGACUACAUCGAAGACCUACGCACCCAGACAGGCAAUGAGCUCAUCACGGCCGAGCACGUCGAUCUCGAAUCGCUGCAUUCGAUACGCCAAUUCGCAACCAAAUGGGUUGACAAUGCUCCGCCGCGCCGUCUCGAUGCCAUCAUACUGUGUGCGAACACGAUGACUCCCCCUGGCGGAAAAGCAACGCAGACCGAAGAUGGACUAGAGGCAACUUGGGGUGUCAACUACGUCGCCAACUUCCAUCUGCUGAGCAUUCUCAGCCCUGCCAUACGUGCGCAGCCUCCAGACCGAGACGUCCGAAUUAUCUUCGGCACAUGUCCAGCAUACGUAGGCGGAAAGCUGCCUGGCAUCGAUGCAAAGUCGCAGAAAGGGGCAAGCACGGAGCCGGGACAACUGGACUUCACGCCAUCAACCGUAUACGCUACUUCCAAGCUCGCCCUCAUGACCUUUGCCGUUGCCUUUCAGAAACAUCUCUCAAACUACGCUCGUCCGGACAAGAAACCAAUGAACGCGCGCGUCAUCAUGGUGGACCCGGGCUGGACCCGCACCCCUGGUAUGCGACGCUACCUUACCUUUGGCUCGCUCUGGGGACUCGCCAUGUACCUCAUGACAUGGCCACUCUGGUGGGUUGUCCUCAAGAGCCCCGACCACGGCGCGCAGACCUUCCUCUACGCCGCCAUGGAAGCACAAUGGGGCAGAGGCGAGGGAUCCUAUUUCCUCAAAGAAUGCAGACGAAAACUCUGGACUCGCAAGGAAAUUGACGACGAGCUUCUACAAAAGAAGCUCUGGGAGAGCAGUGAGAAGACGAUUGAGGUUCUCGAAAAGGAGGGCGCUAAACGCAGGGCGUUUGAGAAGAAGCAGAAGGAGAAGGCCGGUGGCAAGACUGCUGCGCCGGAGAAAGCGACGACUAAUGGACAGCCCAAGGAACGGAAAUAA